CUGGGACGGGGAGGCGGCUGCUGUGGGGCGUGACAUCUUGACCCCAGCUGAGCCGUUUCCAGGCACUCCGUGUCCAAUUUAUGCCGACGCACUUGCCCCAAACUCCGUCCUUGGGCUCACCAGACUCCUACAACUUAUAGCUCCUAGGGAUCAAGAUGUCUUCAGCCACUGCCUAAGAUUACUUCCUACAUGCGACUAUACCCUCAUAUUUUCUCUCCAUCCAGGCAAACACCACCAACAACACCUGUCGACCGGCUGAAUUCGAUCCCACCAGACGGGAUUAGGCAGCCUUCGUCCUCCGUUUGCUCUCUCUCUCUCUCCCGUCCCUUGGCUUGUCCUAGGGACUCAAGAUGAUCCAAAGAUUAGCCUUGAUACCGUUGUGCGAUGCAAUAAUAUCUUUAUACUUGCGACAGUUCUAAGCCAGGAAUCUAUCUUCUUUUCUCUCUUUUACUAUAAGCAUUUCCAACGUGGCAAAGCAAAGACGCCUGUCCGUGGUAUCAUCACGUCUCACCGCCCCCUGAGCCCUGAGUGAGCGACUCGAGUUGGCAUCACGCCCCCGGCUUGACCAUGUCGGUCUUUACCUAUGACCCGGACCCACCGCGGGUCUCGUCUCCGUGGCUCCAGCCCGCGGAUCCGGGGAAAAGGCGGGACUCCCCUGGGCCCGAUCGCGGCCCGGCCCCCGCAAACUCGGACAUGCUCGCCAACUAUGGCGUCACCAAGCUGGCCGCCGAGCCGGAGCUUGGCCCAACCGAGUACAAGCUGCACCUGCUCCUCCGCCAGAGGAGGGGUUUCCGCUCCAUGAGCACAACGAACCGCAUCGCCGGCUCGCAGCAGGCCCGCCCUGCGCCCUCGGAGCCCAAGGCGCUGCUGAAACACCGCGCGGUGGUCAUGGCGUCGUCCAACCAGACUCGCCAGUCCCGUUUCCUGCAGCUCACGACCCAGCUGUUCUGGAGGCUGCGGCAGUCAUCGCCCUACCACGCCUCAGUCGCCAACCAGGAGCUUGUCAUCCCCCACCUCCCGGAUGACUAUGCAGCCUCGUCCGUGUCGGUCAAGCCCGGCAAACCGCUCCCGGGACUGGAGGAGUCCAGGGGUGCCUUGUACGAGAUUGGAGUUGCUGAUGAUGGCACUCUGGUUGGCCUCGCCAAGGACGAGAUGGAUGAGAGCAUCGCCAACCUGAGCAUCAUGGCAGCGAGCCUGGGGUGUGUGACCGAGAUCCUGCGCCGCGUCAUUGUUGGAGACUGCGAGUGGCUGGAGGACCCUCCGUCUCAAGUGGUCCACCACGGAGAGCUCUGGGUCGCCGAGGUCCUGGUCACCCCGAACCUCGGGGCUUCCGACCAGCAGCUCGAUGGAGGCGAGCACACGAACGGGGCCGCUUCGACUAGCUUGUCCUCGACUGAACUAAACCCUAGUGCAGGUCCCGCAACCACGGACCAAUUACGAGUGACCUUGACUGGCCCAACAACGUCGGGAAAAUCUACCUUGCUGGGGACCCUUUCGACGGGGACGCUCGACAAUGGCCACGGCAAGAGCAGGCUUAGCCUCCUGAGGCAUCGGCAUGAACUUGCGUCCGGCGUCACAAGCUCGGUUGCGCAGGAGCUCAUCGGGUAUAAAGGGAACGAGAUUGUCAAUUACUCCAACAGAAAUAUCGAGUCCUGGAUCGGCAUUCACGACUUUACCGCCGACGGCCGUUUAGCGUUCGUCUCCGAUUCAGCCGGCCACCCACGAUAUCGGCGCACCAUCCUUCGUGGCAUCGUCGGAUGGGCGCCGCACUGGACCAUCCUUUGUUUGUCGGCAGACUGCGAAGAGCCAGCGGGCAACGGUGGCGGCAAGCCCUCCGCCAGCUACGACAUGGCCGAUUUGGCGAGCGCAGGACUCGAUCUUGCCAGGUCUCACCUGGAGUUGUGCCUGAGACUGCAGAUACCCCUUGCUAUCGUCGUGACAAAGAUGGACAGGGGUACCAAGUCUGGGCUCCAGAGGAUUCUUGGCAGGGUGUUGUCGAGCAUUAAGCAGGCCGGCAGGACCCCAAAAUUGCUACAUCCUGGUCGAAAAAGUGAUCCCGACAUGGCUAAUAUACCUCAAGAGGACAUGGACAAUGUUGGGAAAAUCGUGGGUGAGAUGACGGCGAGCGGCGACCUGCUCGCCACCGUCCCCAUUGUGCUCGCCAGUGCAGUCAACGGCACAGGUAUUGGGCUCGUGCAUGCCCUUCUGAAGCAAUUGCCGUUACCCCCUGCACCAACGGCCUACGAUUUGACCGGGCCGGCCUUGAAUCCGGACCAGCCCGCGAGCCUGUUCCACAUCGAGGACAAGUUCAGUUUGCCUGCGUCGCAUGCUUCUGUUGGCGGGAGUUCGGUCGACCAGACGGACGUUGGCACCGUGGUGGCAGGAUACAUCCGUUUCGGGAAACUAUCUGUUGGGGAUACGGUUGUGGUAGGGCCUUUCCCAUCCGACGAGGAUGACGGCAGGGGCUCGACUUCUCCCGAGGGGCGACAGUCGCCCGGCAGCUACGGCCUCUCCAUCUCGCACCCGUCGGCCACCGAGCUCAACCGCAUCGCGUCCCGGAGCGCCGUCUCGGCCUCGGCCAUAAAGGGCGAGUGGCACAACGCGCGCGUGGUGAGUCUGCGCAGCCUGCGCCUGCCCGUUCUUGCGCUCGAGGCUGGCCAGGUCGGCACCGUCGGCAUCGUGCUGGACGUGCCGAGCGGGAGGGCCACGGGCGAGAACGGCAUGCUGGGGGCGCCGCCGCAGCAGGGGGGCCACAGGGCGCCCAAGAUCAGAAAGGGAAUGGUAGUGGCGAUCCCAAGCAAGCACAUGCUCGACGGCGCCGUCUCGCUCCAGGCCGCGAGCGGGCUCACCGCGCUGUUCCGCGACCCAGAGGCCGCCUCGCUGAUAGUGGGGAGCUUGGUGAACAUAUACGUCGCCAGCGUUCGUGCGGCCGCCAGGGUUUUGCGUGUCACCGGGGUGGCCGGAGCAUCUCCUCCCGAUUCCGCGAGCGUCCCCACCGAGGACAUCGACGAUGUGUUCAACCUGAACGAGGAACAGAUGUCGGACAACAGGGCCGCCGGAGGUGUGCAGACAGCCCCGCUGGAUGGGGUUGAAGUGCGACUUGAGCUGUUGAGCAAUCGCGAGUGGAUCGAGCUGGGGUCCCAUAUCGUCCUUUUGGAGGGCGGGAGGCACGAUAGGUCCGGGCUGGAAGGAUUUUCAGGCAAGGUGGUUGAGAUCGUUGACUGACGAGGUGAGUUGGAGAGUUGGUCAUACUCUAGUUGGCUUCUCAUGCGACUUUCAUUGGUUUUGGAUUUUAUGAGGCCCUUGGUUUUUCGUGGCCUCGAAGUAAUUAUAUGUCAGAAUGAAUGCUAGUAAUUUUCCUUGAAGUAAAGACGUAACCUGCCUUGUUGAGCCCAGUGCUCUCACGAUAUGCCGAUCAGCGCAAAUGAC